AUUGAGCAAUCGUGAUUAGAGAGAAGUAAUAUUGUGAUUCGCCUGAUUCGAGAUUUCUCGUGUUACGAGAAGGAAAUCUAGAAAAAGGAAAAGAAAAAAAAAGAAAGAAAAUAUCUCGAAUCGAUUCUUCUUCUGCCCGACGUAGAAGAAGAAGAAAGAACAUUUUCCAACCUAAUCCUCGGAUCGAGUAAUAUUAAUCUCACAAUAAUAUCGUAGAAAAUUGUCGAGUGGAGGAAGCUCGUGAACCGGAAAUUGUAAAAGAUAGGACGUGUCUGUCUUUGAAAAUCGUCGAAAAGGGAUCGAAGAAAGAGAGAGAGAGAGAGAGAGAGAGAGAGAGAGAAGUAGAGGGAAAAGGCUGAAUCGAAAUUAUUCGAUUGCUCGGAUCCGGCGAGGGGAGAAGUGGGUCGGUCAACCCCGAGGCUAUAGGCCAGCUCGAGUUUCGUACGGGAUGAUCGUACGAUCGGCCGUUAGAGAAAAUCGUGUUGUAGCGUAAGGAAGCAAGUUGGUGGUCCAAGGGUCACCGCUCAAAAUGACUCGUCCUUCUUUCGACUCUCGAUGAGCCUCUCGAACUGGGAAAUCCACCGGGAAGCGAAGCGGAGUGAAACUUACUUACCUUUCCAUAAAAGUUGAGGAUUUAAAAGGGGGAAAUGGAAAAUUCCCUCGAAUCGAGGAUACGUUGAAGUAUGUGAAACGAGAAGAAAGAUUGGAAACGAGAAAGGAGGAGACGAGGAUUGGAAAAGAGCGGAUUGUUUCUUCUACUUGGUUGGGGGGAUAAUAAGGGGGGAGCAAGAGAGUGGAGAGUGACAAGGGUGAAGUCAAAGGUAAAGGAAGAGGCAGGGAAUCAUGAGCAGGCGAACCAUGCCACCGAAUGGAUUGAAUUCCUGCGAGAGAAUAAGGCCGGAACGACCCAGGAACCCUAUCCAAAGACUCGUGUGGGGUCCGGGCUCUCAAUUUCAAGUCGGUCAAAUCGGCUUGGCCGAGGACGACGGCUCUAAUCCCCGAAUGGCUUUAAGAAGGUUCUUGAGAUUGUACGAGGGAAGGCAGUACCGAGAGGCGGCGGGUUUUCUCGCCAAGUUGCCGCACUACACCCUGAAGGCUACCCUGCCGGACAUUCCGGUCGACCUGUUGAUCGAAACGCUUCCCCACAGCUUGUCCCUGCUGGAAGCCCUCUACUCGAGGCUGCUCGAGUUGAACGUGAACGACGCGAAGAUGUUGAGGGUCGAGCAAGUCCUCUGGAGGAUCGUUCACCUGAUCUCGUUGAGCCAAGACCACUUCCGGUUGAGGAUAUGGUGCAAGUUGUUGGUCUCGUUGAACGGUUUGGCGCCGAACGCGGGGGGGAUGCUGGUCGCGAGGAAAAGGGCUUUGGAAAGGGCGGUGGAGGGUCUGGGCAAACACGGAUUGGUCGCGUCCUGUUUGGAAAAUGGCGGGGCCUCGAACCUCGUGCCCUUGCCCUUUGCCCUCAAGGAACAGCUCGAGAACAGAAUCGAGGCGUACAAGCUGGCCGUGCACAAGAUCGAGAGCUUUGGAAAGCAGCCGAGAACUCACAGAGCGGAUCAAGGCGUACAAGCGGCAUCUCACCAGCGGCAACUUUCGCUCAAGUACAGCGAGAUCCAGCAGAGAUUGAUCGAUAAUCAGAGUUUGUUGAACACGUUGGAGAAAGCCGGGGACCCGACAAGCCUCGAAAGUCUGUUAUCCGAGCUGAAACGGAGGGUCGAGCAGGACAAGGAAGCUCUCAGACAAUGGACGGCUUUGAGGAGAUCCACUCAAGGUGGUGGGAACGCGAAGAAUCCACCGCUGGCCGCCACACUGUUGCAGUUCUCCAGGGGUUGCGAACUCGCCCUCGAGUUGAUGAGCGAGAACAACCCACAGGGAUUGGAGGGGGGCGAGGAUUACGAGGAGGAAUCGAGCAGCAGCGCCGGUUAUCACACGGACGAGAGUUGCAGCCUUACGCCGGAACCGGCGCUCCCGCUGAUUGCGGGCGGGGGUGGGGGCAAUUUUUCGGCCGCGGAACGGCUGGCCGAGAUGUACUCGGCCCUCUACGACCACGCGCAUUUGCACACGUUGGACGCGCUGGACGCCCUCCAACCCCUCGACGACGCCCCCGAUUUGAAAGCAAAGAUACUGUAUUCGGUGGUGGUGCUCUCGUGGCGGUUGGCGGGCAUGAUUCAGACGUCGAGGUAUCUGGAAGCGGUGAAAAUUCUAAACGGUACCUCGACCACUGCGCAAACGACACCGGAGCUUGAAGAAUGCGUGAAGCGGCAAUUGGCGACUUCCGGCGCGCGAACCGGUUCCCGAGAGGUCGCGGAACAGGUGGUCACCCAGCUGGAGAGAACGCUCUACGACUUUCCUUGUCUACGAGGUUGCGCCGAGGUGAAGAAUUACGCGUGCGCCUGUUCCAGUUUGGCCUGGGCCUGUUUGGCGCGUGUCACGCCUCUGGUACUCGACGUGGCGCAAGCGUUCGAGUUCAGGCGAGACGUUCAUCUAAGGCAUCACGCGUCCCCAAACCCGAACGGAAUCAGAAUCAAGACGGUUCUGUGGCCCGGUUUGAGGGAAGGCUGCCAAGGGCCCUGCCUUCGCAAGGCGGUUGUCCUUACGUCGUAAAUACUCUCCCUUUCCCUCUUGAAUCGCGCGGCGAACAGAGAUGGAAGAGGAAGUGCACACGCGCGACGCGACUACGCCAUUGGCUGCUCCAAUUUCCACGCGUGCCUCGUCGCAGUCUUGAAUUUCCCAAGGGGAACUGGAAUUACAUUUGUACUCCGUCUUAUGUAACAGAAACGCGUCGCACUCUUUAUCCGCGAAAUAGGAUUUUAGCGUAAGACGACGUGAUGAGAUUCUUUGAUGCGAAGCAACAAACCUCGGUCGCCGAACAACAUUUUUCCAAACAACAGUUUCAAUUUCGUAUACACGUAUACGAAAUAUCUUAAAUUUUUGAAAACGCGUCAACCGACGCUGUAAAUUUUACGAGAAAAAUAUUUAUAUUGAAAUCUAGCGAAAAAAGUUAAUAAUUACGUGGUUAGAAAGAAUACAGAGCACGCGAGAAAAGAACUCGUAAGUAAAGUUUGAGAAUCGGAACUUUAUAUCGCGUAGCCGAACGAAUCAUUUCGCGAAUUAAAAAGUUUUCACGAAAAAGUUUUCUCGCGGCAGAUGCUUUCCGCUUGAAAGAAAUCGUGAUGAUUGCCUCUCCGAGUCGAGAGAUAGUUUAUGUUAGACGAGUAGUAGCUCGUCGGAUGCUUCAGAAAUAUCGAUGCGUCGAGAUGGUUGCGGAGAGACGGCGAAACUCUACAAUUCGCCCUCUACAAUUUACAAUUCUCGAUGCGAACCGGACACGAUAUUAUUCCGUUGAUCCAAUUAUUGUCGUUGAUCCAAUACUGGGGAAAAUUGAAGAAAAAUUGUCUCUCUUUCGCAUCCUUAUUCGAAUGGAAGUUGAUUCUUUUCAAGUUCAACUUCCUUUAAAUUCGAAAUCACUCUCGAUACCUUAGAUUUAACCUUACGGUACGAUAAUCUAAGAUUUGCUUAAAUAUACUUACGCGAGGCUUGAACGUGUAUAAUGUUUCCUCGAUAACAUAGUUAAUGGUUUGCUUUCUUAAUCACCAUAUUAUCAUUGUUUGAACUUAA